AUGGUGGAUGAAGUCACCACCAUGAAGGAUGAUGUCAUCAACGCCAACACACUAGCUUGGCUGGUCUGUUCAGGCGUGUCUAUUUUGGCCAAUACAUGGAGCAUCCUAAGUGUCAGUGCCAAGCAGAAGAAGUGGAAGCCAUUAGAGUUUCUCAUAUGCACAUUGGCUGGGACACAUAUAUUGAACAUGGCCAUCCCCAUCACCAUGUACUGCGUCAUCACUCUCAGGAGGCAGCACUCCAACUACGAGUGGAACGAAGGGCUCUGUAAGGUCUUCGUGUCCACCUUCUACACACUCACGCUGGUCACAUGCUUCUCUGUCACGUCCCUGUCUUAUCACCGCAUGUGGAUGGUGCGCUGGCCAGUUAACUACAGGUUGAGUAACACAAAGAAGCAGGCAGUACACACAGUCAUGGGCAUCUGGAUGGUUUCCUUCAUCCUCUCCACUCUGCCGGCUGUGGGCUGGCACGACACCAUCGACCGCUUCUACACGUCAGACUGCCGCUUCAUCGUCACAGAGAUUGGCCUGGGCUUCGGUGUUUGCUUCCUCCUGCUGAUAGGGGGCAGUGUGGCCAUGGGGGUCAUCUGCAUUGGCAUUGCCCUCUUCCAGACCUUUUCCAUCCAGGCUGGACACAAUGCCGACAAAAACAAGUUCAACGUUCCGACUAUCGUGGUGGAGGACGCUCAGGGAAAACGCAGGUCGUCUAUAGAUGGUUCUGAACCGCUCAAGACUUCACUGCAGAUCACCUACCUGAUCAGCGGCAUUGUCUUCAUCUAUGACUUCCUGACUGGAUUCCCCAUACUGGUGGUUAGCUUCACCAGUCUGAAGUUCAGCCGUUCCUAUAACUGGAUGGUGCUGUGUGUGCUGUGGUGCUCUAUCGCUCAAUCCAUCUUAUUACCCAUGUUCCUUUGGGCCUGUGACCGUUACCGUGCCGACCUGCGCAUGGUAUGGGACAAGUGUGUGGCCAUUAUGUCCAAUGACGACGUGGAUGAAGAAAACAGCCAAGACGGAGGAAUUCAUGCCGACUUAAUAUAUGACAGACCAUAUGACUAUAGCGCGGCGCCCGAAAUGGUGGCGGUAGACCGCAAUGCCAAGUAUGAGUUCUCAACCUUAGAAAGGGGGGUGCCCCAAGGGUAUCCAGUGAGGGAACAACAGGAAGAUAAAAUGCAGUAUUUGCAGGUGCCCCCUACAAGAAGAUACUCCCACGACGAAACCGACAUGUGGACCAUCGACCGGAUCCCCUCCUACCUGCAGCGCUGGGGCUCUACCGAGGACAUGAUAGUGAGUGCCCACUACAGCUCCACCUUACCGCGCCACGAGAGGCGCAGGAACAGCCUGGUGACCUACCACGAGGAGAGCCACCACCCUCAUCGCAAACGCCGGCGCUCUGAGGACAACUCGCUGAGGCACCUCCCCAGGGUAGUCUAUGGAGGAGAGUACUACGAGGACGAGCUGCACUGCUUUAGUCGUGAUGAGGUGAUUAACUUUAUUGAUGAGACGCCCAUACCAAGCCCAAGGAAGAGCCCCCGGCGUGCAUCUGCCAUUCUUUAUAUACCAAAUGUUUAUGAUCAGCACCACACCGUCCUCCCACACUUCCCCCUCACAGACUUUGAGCGUGAGCCACAAGCUCUAAGGAGGGACCACAAACGAAACAGUAGUCGAAGUAGCACCCCUGAAGGUUCCCCUAAACCUGCUGUAAAGAAGACCGUUGGUGUCUCAGGUAAAGGGGAUGUAAAAGGGGAGCAGGAGGUGAAGGGGGAGAGGUCUUCACCAGGGCGGGGGCACCACUCUCCAGGGAGCUCCCCCAGCAGCAGGCCCAGGACCAGCCUCAGCGUGCGGACUGGAACUGCUGUGGACUCAGGGGGUCAGAAGAACUUAAAGAAAGCGGAGAGCAAAGGAAGCACAAACAGUUUUGUAAGCACACCGUCAGCCUCCUCUUCGGGGUACAUCACCUUUCAAUCAGACUCUGCUUCUUAGAGCGUCUUGCAUUCUGUCCCACCAUUGGCACAUUGGUGGUUAAGAAAACUGAGAAGAAUAAACUUUUUAAUGGUGCCACUUUGACCUAUUUGAAUCCUGCCAAUGAAAACAUGCAAUGCUUUACGACUAUGAAGUCUUUGGUUAUCAGAAUGAAUGGGCCUAAUAUUGUUUUUGUACACAGGCCAUAUAUAAGGUCAAAGAUGAACAGCUGUUCCUUCUCUGUUCACAGUAAUUCCUCUGAUGGCACAGCUAUCCAGCACUGACACAACUCUCUGUUUUAAAUAGUGUGAACAUCCCCACUCCUUGUUUUGCUGUUUUGAUGUUGUUUCCUCUGAAAUGCUUAAAUGCAAAGUGAUUACAGGGAGCUGGUUGUUUGAGUGUAGUUUUUUCACUUCCCUUUUUCAUAAUUUGCCUUUUUUAUUGAAUGCACAUUUGGUUAAAUAUAGAAAUCUGAAGACUGCCCAAGGAAUUGGAAAUAUAUCAUUUGACAAUGAAUUGUUUUAAUUGUAAUUUAUUGUAGUUUAAGAGUAUCUUUUGGUCACUUUCUUGAAUGCUUCUAGUUUGACAAUUUAGUAUUGAAAAUGAAAGACGAAGUUGUGAAGAGCCUUAAUAAAUGACUCAAAUGUGAAAACGUGUGAAUAAUAGUAUAUACAGU